GGGUAACUACAACCUUUCAGCCAUGUGGCCCUCCUGGACUCUUCUGCUGCUGCUCUGUGCAGCCGGAGCCUGGGGACAGGUGCAGACCAAGCACAAGAACGACUCCGACGUGGAGCCCCGGAUUGUGGGCGGAGCCCAUGCCAAGCAGGGUCAGUUUCCCCACCAGAUCUCCCUGCGCCGCCGAGGAAGCCACACCUGCGGGGGCUCCAUAAUAUCGGAGAACUACGUGGUCACCGCUGCACACUGCGUGAAGCAGGGGAGCAAUGUAGCUCCGGCCAGUGAGCUGUCUGUGCACGCGGGCAGCCUGCUCCUGUCGAGCGGAGGAGUUGUGGUCCCGGUGGCCACCGUCACCGUGCAUCCGGAAUUCUCGGGCCACGGACACGAUGUGGCCGUGCUCCGCCUGAGGCAGUCGCUCAAGCUGGGCUCCAACAUGGCCGCCAUCCAGCUGGCCACCGAUGAUCCGCCCAGCGAUGCCACCGUGGACAUCUCCGGCUGGGGAGCCAUCUCCCAGUCGGGGCCGCUGUCCAACUCCCUGCUGUUCGUGCAGGUGAAGGCGCUGUCGCGCGAGACCUGCCGCAAGGAGUACCUCCAGCAGCUGCCGGAGACGACGAUGUGCCUGAUGCACCCGAGGAACAAGGGCGCCUGCUACGGCGACUCCGGCGGACCGGCCACCUACGCUGGCAAGCUGGUCGGACUGGCCAGCUUCGUGAUCGGCGGCUGCGGACGCAAUGCUCCGGAUGGCUACGAGAGGGUCUCCCAGCUGAGGUCUUGGAUCCGGGAGAAGGCCAGUUUGUAGGUCGCGCAAAUGCGAAAUUGCUUGGCUAUUCGGACUAUUGGAAUGUUUUCUCUUUCUAAGUAUUGCGAAAUGAUUAACGACUAUUUACAUAUAUAUGCCCCUUCUAUUUUCCAUACGAAUACUAUAUUAUAUCGAGCACAUAUCUACGACAAUAAAUAAAUAAAAAAAAGCAACACAGUAAAUCAGCACACAAAA